AUGGUGACGAUUAAUUGUGCAUAUAGCGAAGCCAUCAAUCCAUCAUCUGGAGUCACGCCCAUUCUCUCGCGCAGUCAAGUCUGGAAAGGCCUACAGAUUAAAAUCCGAGAAGCGCAAAGAUUUGUGCCGGUGAUUGAGAGGUGUGAAGUCCUUGAGGAGGAGGAGAAGAAGAACAACGGGGAGGAGGAAGAGGAGGAAAAAUGGGGUCAAGUUACGAGGAAAGUGUGGUUUAAAUCGUCUGAUGGAAAGAGUGUGAAAGAGGUGUGUAAGAGCUAUUGGCCUGUCAAGGUGGAUUUUCAUCAACCUGAUGGAGCGGUGAUUACGAAUACGAUUUCGGAUGGGGAGGCGGAAGGGUCUAUGUUGAUGAGUAUGUCGUAUACGUUUGAGUGGAGGCAUCCUGAUGUUGCAGAAGGGUCGGAGGAGCAUAUGAAGUUGAUGGAAGAACACAGAAAGGGUGCGAAGAUGGCUGUGUCGAAGUCGUUGGAGGCUAUGAGAAAAAUGGCGCUUGAUGGCGAGCUCGAUUGA